GAUAGGGAUGGGGAUGGGGAUGGGGAGCAGGGAUAAGGAUGGGAUCAGAAUAGGAGGAGGAAGCAGCUCAACUGUGCUUCCUCAGGACCAGAGCAUGUUUUUGCAAUGAUCUCAGAGCCCUUCCCGGAACUGGAGCUGUUUCUGAGAAGCACCCGGCUGCCUCACCCACACUGCCAGCACUGCCAGCAUUCCAGUGCCACCAGCACCACCAGCAUCCCUCUGCUGCUGUAGAGACCAUGUAACCUCAGGAAGAGUAAUGAGGAAUGGUAGAAACCGAUCUCGACAGGAAAGGAAGUGGGAGAAUGGGACACUCUGCAGGGAAGGAGUGUUUCUACUCAGGAGAUAAAGAGGAACCAAUCAGAAAAAUCUUCAUGUAGAGCUUCUGACAAAAGCCACUUCCGCUGUAGGGAAAAAAAAAAAAAAACCCCACACCCAACAUAAAUAACUCAGAGAAACUGAAUUUCUGAAGAGCCGCUUUAGGACAUGGAUCCCAAAGGAGCAAGAGGUACCAGGAAGCGCCGCUGAUCUGCACAGAGCCCUUUGCCUGCUGCUGCCCCACAGGGAACAGGGAGCUGCUGAGGAGCCGCAUGGUCCAUCCCUGGAUUCUCCAAGCACUGACUGCCCAUCCACUCUGACCACAGCCAGGGGCCACAUCCCACUGCCUGCCCAGCGUCCAUCCAUGGAGGUGAGCACCGUGUCCCCUCUUUUCACCUCACCAACUGACACACCUGCUCCGUGUGACAUCAAUGUCUCCAGCGUGGCCAUGCACUUUGUGACCCUGCUCAUCUGCCUCUGUGGGCUGGCUGGGAAUGGGGCUUUCCUCUGGCUCCUCCAAAUUAAUGCCAUCACUGACUUUGUGGCAUUCAACCAGGCCAGCAUCGACUUCCUCUUCCUCAUUUUCAUGGUCCCCUCCACCCUGCUCUUUCUGCUGGAGGAGGUUUCCUGCUUUACUAUAAUGGCCCCAAUGUAUUUAAGCUUGCUUUCCCAGCUGUCAAUGUUCACCUACACUAUGGGGCUGUUCCAGCUGAUGUUCAUCAGCAUCGAGAGGUGCAGGUCCAUCCUCUGCCUGUUUUUCUGUGUUGGACAAGUUUCUGAGCACCUGUUGUGGGUGAUAAUGAGUGCCCUGUUCUGGGCCUUGUUCUUUGUUGUCACCGCUGUCAAUCCUACAGUGACUUCCCUGUGCCAGUCACACAAGCAGGAGCAAUGCCAGGUGGCCCUCACAUCCAUGUACACCCUCAACCUCUUCCUAUUUGCUACACCCAUGGUCAUCUCCAGCACAAUCCUCUUCAUUCAUGUCAAGACUGGCUCCCAGCAGCAGCAGAACAAGAGGCUCGACAUUGUUGUCUUUCUCAUUGUACUCUUCAGUCUGCCCCUCAGUCUCUGGUUUCUUCUGCAGCAGCUCGGUUACAUGGCUGUGCCCUCCCAGGUGGUUUUCCUGCUCACCUGCAUCCACAGCAGCAUCAAACCCUUCAUCUACUUCUUGGUGGGGAGCUGGAAGAGAGACUGGUCCAUGAGGAGCUGCUGGAGACACUGCUCCAUGGAGAGCUGCAGGAAGCACUCCUCCAUGCAGUCCCUAAGGAGGGCAAUCCACAGGGUGUUUGAGGAGCCAAAACUAAACACUGCCUCUGGAAAUGAUCCUGUUGUGAACACGGGGGUCUGACCCUGUUGUUUCCUUCCACUGCACUGCUCUAGGACCCCGGGAAAGUGGCUGAGAGAUUCCUUGAGUCUCCUGAUCAUUAAAUACCCACAGGAUCACCCUGCCUGUGCUGGUGCAUCCCCAGCCCCUUUCCAGGCCAUUCUGGGCUCUGAUCCGUGCUUGUGAGGCCUCAGCCUGGAGGAGCAGCCCCUGGGCUCAGCUCCUGUGGCGCUGAUCAGAAACACCCUCUGCUCCCAGGAGCUGCUGCUGUCCAACGACCUCCUGGGCUUUUAUCAACAGCCUUGGAAAUUACUGGAGUGCCCUGGAUGCCACAGCAUCCCUGCUCUGCCACUGUCACAGGAAGCUGCCGGCCCCAAGCGUGGCCAGGGUGAAGCAUUGCUGGCAGUGACGCCCAUCCCUUGGGGCCCUGGGAGCAGCGGCCCCAAAGGAGACCCUUGGAGCUCUCCCGGGCCCAGCAGCGCUGAGCAGGAGCUCCCUGGCACCGGGGCCUCUCCCAGCUGGGAUCUCUCCCGUCUGCUGCCCUCGGCUGAUCCCCGAACGCCCACGGCUCCUGGGCCCAGCCCCCCAGGGCUCCAGGCCCAGCCCUUGGCACAGGCAGGAGAUGCAAAGGGAUCCGCAGGGAGCAUUUCACUGCCUGCCAGGGCAAUUGCUCACAGGGACCUUGCACUGACUCUGCCUGCCUGCCUGGCUCUGUGCACACACGUCUGCAUCUGCUCUGGCAAAUGUGCCAGAAAUGCUGCUCUCUCAGCUCUCUUAGUGCCUGAGACAUCUGACUGGGGCAGGCCUGGAAGCAAGGUUAAGGCAUAAAUAAGGUUAAAUGCUGCUAAGUGAUAUUCCUCUGUUAAAUGGCUCAGUUUAAGGUGUAACUGAAGUGCUGUUAGGUUGGAGUGCUCUAAAGCUUUUAAGCCAUUUUCCUUUUAUUCCUUACCCUCGCUGUCCUUUUGUCACCUGGCCUUGCACUCACACACAAACACACACACAGGGACAGCACUUUGGUGUGCUGGUGCUUAAUAUUAAACCUGGUUUUUACUGA